UGUAAAAUAAAUUUUGUAUUUUUCUUAUUAAAAUUAAUGUCAUUAUUAAUUCAAGAAAAUGACCAUAUUUAUUUGACCUAAAUUGAAAAAGUAUUGAUGUAAAUACAAGUCCACAUGACAUUGACCUAGUUAAAUGAACUAUAGUCACAUUGCAGGAAUAGAUUUUUUUUCUUGUACAACCUAGAAAGCAUUAUAAAAUAAUUCAUCAAGCAGUUAACAACAAAUUUUUUGUCAAAGCUUUAACUUUAAAUAAAAUAUAAUAAAUAAAUAAAAUGUUAUAAAUAAUGGAAGAUAAAAAUAAUAAUGACAUAAUUGAAGAAUUAAAAAAUAAAAGUGUAUUACAUUGGAAUUAUCGUGGUUAUAAAAAUUUACCAUGUGAAUUGGAAUUAUUUGGUGAUAAAAUUGAAGAAUUAUAUUUAAAAGAUAAUAAUAUUAUUAAAUUACCAAUAUGGAUAAAUAAAUUAAUUAAUUUACGUAAUAUUUAUUUAUCUGAUAAUAAAUUAAUUGAUUUUCCAAUUGAAUUAUAUGACAAUAAAAAAUUAAGUGUAUUAAAUUUAAGUUGUAAUUAUUUAAAAUUAAUACCAACAACAAUUAAUAAUUUACGUUUAUUAACAAAUUUAAAUCUUGAUAAUAAUUUUUUAACUCAGCUACCACCAGCAAUAAAAGAACUUGAAUAUCUUGUUUAUUUAUCAAUUUGUAAAAAUGAAUUAACAAUACUACCAGAAUGGAUUGGAUCAUUAAAAAAACUUGAAACUCUAUUGAUUGAUAAUAAUUAUCUGGAAGAAAUACCAAAUCGUUUAACACUUUUAUCAACAUUAAAAACACUUUCAAUCUGUUCAAAUAGACUGAAAUACUUGCCAUUAAAUUCAUUUAUAUCACAAGUUAAUAUUUGUUUUAAUUAUAAUCCAGAUUUAAAUUAUUUAUCAUAUCCAAUGUUGUCACAAUUAUUGGAACUUGGUUGGGAUGAUGAAAAAGAUAUUAUAUCAAAUUCAAAUUGUGUUAAAAAAUCAAGUAAUUUUAAUAUAAAAUUAGCUGUUAAAUUUAAUGACAUGUCAAUUGAAAAAAAUAAAAUUAUUGAACUACCAAGACAACUUUUUGGAAUAUUUAAAAAUUAUUAUAAUGAGCCUGUUUCAUUGUGGGAAUUGUCAUUGAGAAGAUUAUAUCAAACAGAUAAUGCAUUUGAAUUAUUAAAACCAGAUAUUUUUCAUAAAUUAAUGUUGAAUGGACCCAUCAGUGUUUGUCUAAGCAAUAAAUGUCAACAGCCAAUUUUUACAGAAGCUUGGCUAAUUGUUGGUACAACUGAGGAAUCAUCACUUUUAGUUGUUGCAUUAUUUUGUUCACAAAAAUGUUUAUGCACUUUUGAUCCACAGUCAUAUGGAAUUAAUGAAUUGCCAUGGGAAAUUUACACUGAAUAAAUUAAUAUACGAAGAAUAAGUUGACAGGAUAUACAAAAUUCU